AUGGGUGUACACCUUUUAGCCCCUCUCCGACGACAACUUGCCGGCCUUUUUUGCUUGGUCCUCCUUGCCCAAUUCCUAGCAGCUGCUCCCGACCACUACUCCACUCGUAAAGCCGCCCACCGUACUCGAGACACCAAGUCUCAAAAUAAAGGUAGCAGGCAAACUAAAUUUUCACAUCUAGGUCCAGCGGGGAUCAGAGCCUAUGACCCCAAAACGGCCAAAAUCAAUGGUGUAUACAUUGGUUUGAUCCCGGACGCUGGCGAUACCGGCGGCAAAGCUCAAACAAUGCAGGAAAUCAUCCAGUCCAUCAACGGCAAACGACCUGCGGUAUUCGGAUGGUAUGCUCAAGUAUCGGUCCACAAAAAAUUCGAUGGUGCCCAGCUCUUCGAGAUCAUGGAUGAUCUGAAAGCCUCAAAUUCUGUGUUCAGUCCUGCCAUCAUGCCCCAAGGUGGUUUGGCUGGACUACGGUGGAAUGACAAUCAUCAAGCUGUUGCCAUUGCCAAGGUUCUCCGAAAGUUCACCGAUCAGGAUAUUCCAGUCAUCCUUAGAUUCGCUCACGAGAUGAAUUGGUACCAGCGCACACGAGAAUACCCCGGUAACGCCGCAGAUUUCAAGGAGUCCUGGGCUGUCAUUGCCGCCGCAGUUCGGAACCAUGCUCCAGAUGUCCUUCUUCAUUGGUGCCCAAAUGUAUCCACCAUGGACGAGUACCAUAAAUAUGCACCCGAGGACAUGGACAAUACGGUCGACCUCGUCGGAUUUGACUACUACCCCAAGAGCAAACCGAAACCAGGAGAGUUUGUUGACAAAGCCAAAGAGUUCCACGACACCUUUGCUAUCAACGGCCGGAAAUUUGCCAUGGGAGAAGCAGGUUUACACUAUGCGGCGAGCUACCAAGAGCGAGUCGAUUGGCUCUCACAAAUGGCUCACGCCCGAAAGGAACUUCCCAACCUACUCUUCAUCAACUGGUACAACAGCAAGAAGGAAUUCGACUACAAGAUCGCAGGGCACGGCCUCUCCACCACUCUCUUGACAGAAAAACUUGAAUGA